AUGGGGUGCUGUGCCUGUGAAGAAGACCGGGAAAAAGACAAUAAGUUUGCAGAUUUGAGUAGCCCUGUUGGUGAAAGAGGAUGUACUGACAUUGUUUGUCUGGUCAUUUUCAUUGUAUUCUGGAUUGGAAUGAUUUUUAUUUCAGCUUUUUCAUUUACCUAUGGUGAUGGUGAACGCCUUGUUUUUGGCUACGAUAGUUUUGGCAACACUUGUGGAAAACGCAAUGACCCAAUCAAAAAUGUCUCCAAUUCAGGAAUGGACAUGCGAAAAAGGACCCAUGUUUUCUUCAUGAAUAUUGAAAAUCCAGCUAAGUCAAUGGCAAUCUGUGUCAAAGAAUGUCCAGAUGUGAAAAUGUCUAAUCAACGAGAAUACCAAGAAUAUGCUAAAAAGACAGGAAUCCAUCUUUGCAGAUAUGAAGUGGAUCCAGCUUAUUACAACAUCACAGUAUCAGGAACACGGGGCCCCUGCCCUAAGGUUGUAUACAAAAGUAUUUCCCUCUUGAAUCGUUGUGUUCCUUCCAAUUUGAAAGACAUCCCCAAAGAUAUCGCAAAGAAGAUUGUUGCCUACCUGAAUGACACAGAUAUAUUUGAAAAGAUUCUUGGGGAUUUGUAUCGAUGUUGGAGAGAAAUUGUCUACUUAUGUCUGAUUGCUUUAUGUAUGUCUUUUAUUUUAUUGCUUCUAAUGAGAUUCCUGGCUGGUGUCAUUGUCUAUCUGAUCCUGAUUAUUGUGUCUCUAGGCAGUAUCAUUGGUACUGCUUUCCUUUGGUGGACUUACAGUAGCUUUAAGACUAAAUUGGACCAUGAUGAAGCUUUUCAGAUUCCUUUCCUUGAUGUGGAAAUCAAUGGAGAAAAUGCUUUCCUUGCAUACUCAAUCAUUGCAACCAUUUUAACCGUGAUUCUUCUGUUGGUGAUCUUUGUGAUGAGAAAACGCAUUUCUCUUGCCGUGUCUCUCUUUAAAGAAGCAGGAAAGUGUAUUGUUGACAUUCCAUUGCUUCUUAUUCAACCAUUUUGGACUAUUCUUGCCCUUGGCGCCUUCUUUGUUUAUUGGGUGGUUGCACUUGCUUAUCUCUCAACUGCAGAAAAUCCUGCUUCCACUCCUGAAGGUUUUGUUGUUUACAAAGACCAUAUUCUUGUUUCUUGGUUUUGGUGGUAUCACGUGAUUGGUCUCAUCUGGACAGCUGAAUUCAUCAUUGCAUGUGAACAGCUGGUCAUCUCUGAGAUUGUGACCACCUGGUUUUUCACACGUGAUAAGGGCUCUCUCUCUUGUACAGUCCCGAAAGCAGUUUGUCAUGUGAUGACAUACCAUCUUGGCACUGCUGCCUUUGGAAGUUUGAUUAUCACACUGGUGAAACUGCCACGAAUGAUCCUGAUGUACAUCGACAAAAAGUUGAAAGCCUCAGAAAAUGAAUUUGCUCGUUUUUGUAUCAAAUGCUGUACUUGCUGUCUUUGGUGCUUGGAGUGUUGCUUGAAAUUUCUCAAUGCCAAUGCUUACACAGUUGUGGCUAUCAAGGGUACAGAUUUUUGUCCUUCAGCACGAAGGGCAUUUAAUAUUUUGGUUAACAAUGCUUUGAGAGUGGCUGCAAUUAACAGUGUUGGAGAUUUCCUUCUCUUUUUGGCCAAACUUGGAAUCAUGGCCUCUACAGGAGCCAUUGCUGUUGUUUGGUUGAAAAGUUUAUCAGAUCUCCACUACUAUGCCAUCCCAGUGUUAUUAACUUGUGUCUUUUCCUACCUGUUGGCUAGCUGCUUCAUGUCACAGUAUGAGAUAGUAAUAGAUGCAUUGCUAUUGUCUUUCUGUGAAGAUGUUGAAAUGAAUGAUGGAUCUGCUGAAAAACCAUAUUAUAUGGAUUCUUCUCUAAUGGAAUUUGUGGAUAACAGCACUAAGAAAUUAAACAGCCUGAAAAAGGAGGAAAAUACUAACACGGAUGAAGCUGCUUCAUCAAUGCAGUGA